GUGUAUCAGUCGUGUCAGAAAAUGGUGGUAUUGUGUUAAAUAUGGCGAAUAUAGCGAGUCCUUUACCAUAUCUUGUGAAGAGAGAAUAUGGUUUCGUGCCAGAAUUCAAGUCGCAUUUGUUUACCAAACGUUUAAACGCUGCAAAAAAUUUAUAUCGGAGAGAUUUAGUGUGUCAUUUUGGAUGUGUUAACGCCAUCGAGUUUUCUAGCAAUGGCGAAUUGCUCGUAUCAGGUGGUGAUGACAGGAGAGUUAUGCUUUGGCAGUUUGGCCAAGCACUUCUCGAUCAUGGCAAAGAACCAGAGCAGAUGAAGAGCCUUCAUCAUUCCAAUAUAUUUUGCCUUGGCAUUACUAAUGAUAAUCAAAAGAUUUAUUCUGGAGGAAAUGAUGACACGGUUAUUGUCCAUGAUUUGGAAAGUAAAAGCCCAUUGGAGGUUUUACAACAUCAGAGGGCGGUAUGCAGUCUCAGCAUUGAUCCGUUCAAUUGUCGUGUUGUUGCCACAGCUGGUAAUGAUGGACGACUGUUGCUGUUUGAUACAAGGCAAUCUGUACAUGAGUCGCUUGUCAUAUCGCGUAGCCGGAAAGCGUUCCACGGUGUGAUGUUUCACCCACAACAAGUUGGGAUGGUCGUUUCGGCAAACGCGAGAGACGGCGUCGCCUUGUGGGACCUGAGAUCUCCUAAACACCCUGUUCUACGCUACGUGGGUAAUAACGGCACUACACAGAACUGCAUGAGCGUUCGUUUCAACUCAGCCGGCACUCACAUAUUAGCGUUACGUCGCCGUCAGGCACCGGUCCUAUAUGCCGUGCAUUCGCCAGACCCUGUUGCAGAGUUCUACCAUCAGGAUUAUUACAAUUCUUGCACGAUGAAAAGUUGCUGUUUCGCCGGGGAAGGCGAUCAGUUUGUGAUGUCUGGAUCUGAUGACUUCAAUCUGUAUAUGUGGAAAGUUCCUGAUGUAGGCGAAUCAGAUAUGGUUGUCGAACCACCGCAUAUAGUGUUGUACGGUCACAGGUCGAUAGUGAAUCAAGUGAGAUAUAAUCCCCGUUACUGUCUCAUUGCAUCCUCUGGAGUGGAGAAGAUUAUCAAGGUGUGGUCAGCUUUGGAGUAUCCGCAAAUGAGAGGUUCGUUGUUGGAAGAAGCACAAGGGUCAGAUAAUCCACGCGAAAUAUACAGUCAUGAGGACUAUGUCUCCCUUGUGCAUCAUAGUGGACAGUAUAUCUCACACAAUUACGUGGAGCAGUCUACCAGCGAAGAUCCCCGUAUGAUGGCAUACUUCGACUCGCUAGUGCAACGCGAACUGGAAUGUCUGGCGGAAGAGACCGAUUCACUGGAUGGCUCUAGCAGUUGCCGAUCGCCUCACAACGAUACAGACUCAUCAGACAGCGACCAGAUCGUCGUCGACUUUCUGCCGUUGCCGAUUAAGCGAACAAAUCAAAAUGGAGCUAGGAGUCAACGGUGCCCUAAUAGACUAGCCCGAUUAGUGGCCACAGCAUCACGGUAUUCCAAAAAUUUACGAUCUCACAAAAGAGGAUCUCUCAGACGCAGCAAGCAGUCUCGCACAUCGAUGAGCAAAUCUAGCGGCAAGUGCGUGAGCGGUGCCGGUAAGCGGACCGAGCGCUCCGAGCGAUCCGAGCGCUGCGAGCGCCGAGCGCGCGGCCCCCGCAGGCCGGCGCCGCGCACGCGCGCCCGCCCCGUGCUGUCCAGCGAGCGGACUGACUCCGAUGAACCUAGGCACUGCCUAUACACCAAUACCGGACGAGUGAGCCAAAUAAUAACGCCAACUCGGAGACGUAUCAAUCUAACGCGGACGUCGAAAAGGAAAAGUAAAGUCACUAGUUAUAGGAAAAUCAUUAGUAGUUUAAGGAAUAAUGAGACUUCGUUAGCUCAUGACAGUAGUGAUAAUAAUAAUUUUAAUAACUUUGAUAAUGAAGAAAAUUUAGCACUGCCGAGCACUAGUACAGGAUACAGGGGCCAAAGUUCUUCAGCACUUUUUCGGAUAGCUGAAGUAGAUUCCGACGACGACCAAUCGGCGGGCAGCCAGCCGAUAUCGCCGAGAAAUCAGAACGGCAGCCAGAGCAUUCCCACUAACCUCGUUAGCAUAGUUCCCACGCCGAUCAACGGAUCUCGCGACUCGAUCGGAGACUCGCUGCGAAUGGAUCCGCCAGAAUCCGAGAGUAACAACUCCUCGCCGCCGCCAGAGAGUAGACUCAGGAUGACCUUGAGACGAGUGAGAAGGAACGGUCGGCUCAGUUUGCAUCGUUCAGAUUCGAGUGAAUCGCCACCGCCUAAGGAGGCAGUGGAACGUGCGACUACUUCGAUAGCUGAGCGGCUUUCACCAAAUAUGGGGCACAAUAGGACGGUAGCGAGGCUCAUGAACGAAACUAAUGAGAGUGAAUUGGAGAGUAGCUGUAGUACAGAGAGUAGUGUUUGGCCGAUUCCGGACACUUUGGGAACUCCGGACAGCGGUGUGGGUACCGUAGUAGGGAGCAGUACACGGGCGUCUCGUCCGCUCGUCGACGAUGUAUCCGACGACCCGGAAUACCAAACGCUCAAAUUCAGACAGCGAGUGAAAAAGGCCCGACGCAACUAUAGAAAUCACAUGGAUUCGGAUUCCAACUGAACUGAUAUUUAUAUGCGAUAUAUAGAUAGAUAUUACUGAUUGUGUCCUAUACCCAUAUACUGAUAUUUUACGGAUUUGUGGGCGUGGUCUCGGUUGGCAUGAGCCAGCGUCUUGAUUGAACGGAAUUGUUCUAUAGUAACGUUGGCGGGGACGUCUGUAACGGUAACAUCACAUAGUUAUAGCUGUUGAUGUGAUCCCUCUGAAUAUACUUUUCAGAUGAUGCCACUAUAUUUCAUUUAGAUAUUAAGAUCGUGUUUUACACAUAAAUGAAGAAAAACUUUUGAACGGGGAAUAUUACAUUCGCUAGCGCAUAUAGAAAACAAUUCUUUUUGAACAUUUGUCUUUUGGAAAUGAAUCAUUCUUUUUCUUCUUACAUCCAAAUAUACAGUAAUGAUGUAUUAUUGGAUAAAAUUAAACUCUUUCUAAUUAUGAAUCUAAAAAUAUGCAGUUCCUACUGUGCACAAUAUUACUUUAUUCUGUAGACAAAGAGUAGCCUGUGAAUGACGUUUGUCGUUAAAAAAAAAACUGUACCAUAUGCGCUAGUGCUGCAAUCUGGCGACAAAAAGAUGCAUUAAUAUGUCCUAUGCGCAUUUUCCUUGCCUGGUUCACUUUCAAUGGUCGACAGGGUCUGCAUGUAGAAUUUGGACUAAUUCUGUGCCUCAUUUUCGUUGAUCAGUUAUUGGUUGCCAAAAAAAUGUGCCUGAAGAAAUCGCGGGCACUCUGCAUGAGGGCCCUUUUGACUAAUUUAAAUGACCCAUAUCGCAAUGUUAACUAUGAUCGUUUGAAUUGUGGAUGAUGUGAGUAGUUGACUUUUUUCAAAACACAACCCAAUGAAAAGUAUCUUUUAUGACAUCGUGCAGUUGACAGCACAUUGAAAAGGGCGAAUUUUUCCAAUCGUCUUCAAUCCUUAAUUUAUAUACUGUUAAAUUGAAAGUUGAUUGUUGGAUUUUGGUAUUUUGUAGUUCCUAGUAACCUACACUAGGUUAUUAGGAACUACUUGGAACUUUUGUUUGAAUAAUGUUGUACCAUUGUGACAUUAUUAAAUCUUAAUACCAUUAUCGAGGCAUCCCACACAGUGUCGGCGGGACCGGGUGUUAAAAAUGAUGUGCGUUAUAAUCUAACUAAAUACGUAUUAAACUAAUAUAUUGAUUGUUUUUAAAAACACGGCACGUAAUUUCGCGCAGUUUUUGGUAUACUGCGUUACCAUGGUAACAUGCGGCAUCUUUCUACAGCGCAGUCGCCAUUUUGGUCCAAUUAAUGUAUCGGUCAUUAUAAACAUGUGCAAUUAUAUUUUUAUUCGAAGUCUACUGUUUUUUUUAUAUAAGUAGGUAGUGGCAUCAUAUGUAGAGGCUUAUUCGGUUUGCAUUUUGUACAGUAUAGAUAUUAUGUAAUUAUUGAAUAUAGAGAUAUAUGUGAUCCAUUAUUAUAAUUAUAAUCGUCUAAAUUAGUUCUGGGAUAAAUGUUCCAUGGAAAAGCUGUAAAGGUAAAUAAAUUGACAUGAU